AUGAAUCAGUUGCGUUUUAAAUCUUUCCAAUGUAACAUCACAUCGGGAAUCGUUCUCUCUCCGUCGUCGUGCUGUGUCCACCGUGAACAGUGUACCCGGGUGCAAUCCGUGUUCCGCUAAAGGUAUCCAAGGCAGCCAACGCCAAGGUACAAAGGUUGUUUGGAACGAGCGGUGACUGGCGAUUGCCCAACUGUGGAGUGUCCUACCAGAAGAGCUGCCGAACUUUGCGUAAAUACUUCAGCAAGAGGUCAUCUACGCGUCGGUUGUUUCACCUGGUAAACAGGAGAGAAAGGAAAGCGGUAAACGUGGACGUAAACCAGGUCGCAAGGCGUCUACCGAGAAAAUCGAUAUGAAGGCAAAGCUUGAACGCAGCCGACAGAGUGCACGGGAAUGCAGAGCACGUAAGAAGCUGCGCUACCAGUACCUGGAGGAACUGGUUAGCGAUCGUGAGAAGGCCGUCUUUGAGUUACGCCGCGAGUUGGAGAAGCUCCACUAUUGGGCACUGGAGGUAGAUGCUGGUCGUUUUCCCGAGGGACUGCAGGAGCUGCUGGAGGAGCUGGGUGCCCUGAAGCAGGAGUAACUUAGGGGUAUUCCAGCCUCAUCGUCGUCGUUGUGGUUCUUGAUAUAGUUGGGAGGCUUUGAUUUCUUCGUAUCAGUUAUUCAAGAUUGAGUUUCCUCCGUUCUUUGGCUUUAGUAGUAAUAAUUUAUUUGGUUUGGUUAGGAUUGAUUCGAUACGCUUUUCAAAGGGCGUUUCAGUUUGAUACAAAUUAAUCUAUAUUAGUUGCAGACUUAGUUUAGAAUUAAUCGUUUUAGCAUUAUGUUUUUAUGUUUAUGUUUUUUAUUUUAACCAAAAAUGACUACAAAAAAUAUACAAAAACAUGUAAAAUUAUAAAAAUGCUACAAAAAUAAAAAUAAAUAAACGAAAAUGGCUUACAUCUAAAGCAGUUACCUCAAAUACCGUUAAGCUAAGUACAAUUAAGUGGUACAAUAACUGAUGAUAUAUGAUUAUAUGAACCAAAUAACAUGAAAUUGAUGUACAUAAUCUACUUUGAUCACCACAAACACAGAGAAUCAUGCAAACAGUACGGCAGAUUUUGCGGGAACAUUGAAACGAACGUGAGUCGAUCCACAUUAAAUAGAGUUUGUUAAUCGAUUUUCUCGAUAAAACUUCAUUGAGCAAACUUUAAUAUAACCUGUCGUGUCCAUUAUAAAAUGCAAGAAUUAUAAAUAUUUGCUAGGUUGUUGAAAUGUUGAAAACUUCCGGUCAGCACACACUCAAACAAUGAAAUACCCAACUAUUUUUGUAAUGCAUAUUUUAAAGAUACUAAUAAAGCCAUUAGCAUGGAUAAUAUAUGGA